AUGGCGUCCUCCUCAAACCACCUCAAAAAAGUAGUCAGCGAUGAGCACAUUAUUAACCGGUGGAGUUUUGACUUUUAUGUUUCGAAAGCUUUCGAGGCGUUUAGAAAUGAGGAUUGUGUCGGCUUCAAUGAGCUCAGGAAUCUUAUCGAAUGUUUGGUGGUCAGACCCAUUGAUGGGCACACCGAUAUGAUGAUAAAACUGCGUUUCAUGCAGUUUCUGUCACGAAUAAACGAUGGAGACAAACUUGGUGUCACAUUUCAGAACCCAUUAACACCACUUGAAUCAGCACUCAGUGUACUUGAAUGUAUCUGUACAGAAGUUGAUGUUCCUCAAAAGACACUGGAGCAAGUUCACACUGCUAUCAGGGAAAUGCUUAUUACUGUUUGCAUUAAAAGCAAACAAUUUGAUAAAGCAGAGGAAAUGCUUGUAAAGCACUUUCCCAAAGGAAUGGAUUCUGUCGGCAAGAAAAAGCUGUUUGUAAAUCUCAUCAAAAGACGAUGCAGCACACACGCUGUUUUGAACAGGAGCUCUUACAGUGAAUUCAAACAGGACAUGCUGGACUUCAUCGAGAAACUCUAUCAGAUUCCAGAUCCAUUCCUAAUUAAGAUGGUAAAGCUCUCGAGACAAGGCUGGAAUAUUGACGUUGGGGUUGAUAUUCAUUCUGAAACUAAUAAUGUGGUUACUGAAGAGUCAUGUACACAGGACCGAGCCACACAGAGCCCAGAACCGAUUAAUCAGCUAACAGGUCAUGAACAUCAUCAGCUGUCAAAUUCAAAACAAAAUACACCGGUCAAAAAUAACCUCAGCCAAACUCCAUCUUCGUCAUCCCUUGUGACAGUGAAACUGAGCUUUGGAAAGCUGAGAGCUGUCUAUCCAGGGCUUGCUGAUCAGUUUUCAGUCACAAUUCCUUUCUCUCAGCUGGAGGAGGAGGUGGAAGAGGAGGCGCAGCAGGACAGCGGACUAGACGCUGAUGCAGGGGAGCUUCAUCUCAGACUCACAGCAACGCCAAUGGAGGGAUUAUACAGUGAAGAGGAACAGUUUGUCUGUGUGGAAGAGGAACAAACAGAACAAAUAUGUACCCAGUUUUCUAGUGGACGUUGUAAUACUGCCAGUCAGACUAAAGUAGCACUCCAGCAACAGGGCACAGACAAACAGCAUCAAGAAUAUGUAGAAUGUCGUAGCAUGACGGCAGAGAGUUCUUGUGCCCACACUUCAUCCCCUGAAAAAGGUGUAAAAACACCUGGCAGUGCUGUAUCUGCAGUGACGGUAGCACAGUUAGUGAUCGAGGAUGACAGUCAAACGAGUGAACUGGAAUCCACUGGUUUUCAAGAAGCCCCCAGUCCAGUGGUGGCAGAGUGCAGUAAAGAGAAUCCACUCAGCUCACUACCGGUCAGCUCUACACCAGUCAGGAUAAGACGCAAAUCUGCCCUACGACGGAGUAUACCCAGUGAACCAGAGCCUGCUUCCCCCCAGCAGCCCACCGAACCCCAAAACUGCUCCACCCCUAGCAAGGACGAAUCCAGCAACUACCCCUCCACCCAGUGCACACCUGCUGAGAGACCUCAGAAACACACCACAAAAAACCCACGCAGACUGAGUGAAAGUGACGAAAGUGCAGAAAGUAUAAUAGUAGACUCUCCACGCUCAGGAAAGCAACCUCGGCCAGAUCACAGACGGAGCAAGUGGAUGGAUGUCUCGGGGGUCCAGGAAGAGUGGAGUGAAGAGGAAUCACUAUUCCCUGCUGCCAGCACGAAAAAUCCUUUGGGUUCGAGCUCAAGUAAUGAAAAAGGCAAAAGGAAGAUGUGGACAGAAAUAGAGUCUGACUGGGUGAGGCAAGGAGUGGCUCGAUAUGGAGAAGGACGAUGGGGGCAAAUCAAAAGUGCGUUUUCUUUUGAAGGCCGCACAGCAGUGAACAUCAAGGACCGCUGGCGCACUAUGAAAAGACUAAAACUAGCAUAGAGGUGUAGAUGCGACAGUGUUAAAUAAACCAUUUGUACAUAAA